CCUCGCUCUCUGCCGGCAGAGAGACCGAGGGACAAGAGGAGGAAGAGGGUGUGAAGAAGACAGGCCUCUCAGGGCUCGGAGGGGAAGCAUCCAAAGCCAGCUGGUCUGGCUUUGAGGUAAAUCGAAAGGCGGAGUGAAAACAAAGGCGUCUGAGAGAAGAUAGAGAAAGUCAAGACUUGCAGAGGGAAGAGAAAGAGAUUGGAACAGCAGGAUCUUUGAAAGCAACAACAAACAGAUUGUGGUGUCGAGAAGAAAGAAGAAAGAGUGUGAACCAGAAGAGCGACUGUUGCACAAUGUGCUAGGAGAGUGGGGGAAGAAAUUGUGUUGUUUUUCUGAUAUUGUCGAGGUGUCAGAGAGAACAGAAAGGACCCAGCCAUGGGGCGGAAGAAGAUACAGAUCACCAGGAUCAUGGAUGAGAGGAACAGGCAGGUUACCUUCACAAAGAGGAAGUUCGGCCUGAUGAAAAAGGCCUACGAGCUGAGCGUGCUAUGCGACUGCGAGAUAGCCCUCAUCAUUUUCAACAGCUCUAACAAACUGUUCCAGUACGCCAGCACAGACAUGGACAAAGUGUUGCUGAAAUACACAGAGUACAACGAACCUCACGAGAGCAGAACCAACUCUGACAUCGUAGAGGCGCUAAACAAGAAAGAACACAGAGGUUGUGAUAGCCCGGACCCCGAUGCCUCAUAUGUCCUCACUCCUCACACUGAAGAAAAGUAUAAAAAAAUUAAUGAGGAGUUUGAUAAUAUGAUGAGAAAUCAUAAAAUCCCCUCAGCGUUGCCUCAGCAGAACUUCUCAAUGCAUGUGGCGGUGCCCGUUUCCAACCCUAAUGCCAUGUACCAGCAAGGAGGGCCUCUGGGCAGUCAGGCCCUGGCUUCAGCCACAGUCUCCCUGAGUGACAGUGGGAUGCUGUCCCCUCCCCAGGCCUCUCUGCACAGGAAUGUGGGCUCGAGUGGAGGCCCCCAGAGGCCCACCAGUGCAGGCAGCGCAGGUGGCAUACUGGAUACCACAGACCUUUCAGUGCCAAGUGUUGUGGGCUCCAGCCCAGCGGGGAACGGUUUUGUUAACCCCAGGGGCUCCCCAGGCGUCCUCAGCUCAUCCAGCGGCAAUGGCCUGGGUAAAGUCAUGCCCACCAAGUCUCCCCCGCCCCCUGGAGGGAACAUGGGAAUGGGAAGCCGCAAGCCAGACCUAAGGGUUGUUAUCCCUCCGUCUAGCAAAGGGAUGAUGCCCCCACUGUCGGAGGAGGAGGAAAUGGAUUUGAACACCCAGAGGAUAAGCAGCUCCCAGGCCGCCCAGCAGCUGGCCACUCCAGUAGUGUCUGUCACCACCCCCAGCUUACCCCCUCAGGGUCUUGUCUACUCGGGCAUGCCCACCUCCUACAACCCUGCUGAGUUCUCCCUGAGCAGUGCAGAGAUCUCCUCCCUUCAGGGCUUCAGCUCUCCUGGGCUCUCGCUGGGCUCCAUGUCGGCAUGGCAACAGCAUCAACUGGGCCAGGCAGCUCUUAAUUCUUUGGUUGGUGGAGGUCACCUACCUCAGGGCUCCAACCUCUCCAUCAACACCAGCCACAGCAUAAACAUCAAGUCAGAGCCCAUUUCACCGCCUCGAGAGCGCGUCACCCCCUCCGGCUUCCCCCCUCAGCAGCCGCAGCAAGGGUCCAGCCGACAGGAGGUUCUGGGACGUUCACCUGCCGACAGCCUCAGCUCCUCCUGUAGCUCUUAUGACGGCAGUGAUCGAGAGGACCACCGGCCAGACUUCCACUCCCCACUUGGGUUGGGCAGACCCCCAGCUGGCUCCGAGGACAGGGAGAGCCCCUCAGUCAAGCGCUUGCGCAUGGACACGUGGGUGACAUAAAGAGCCGGGAUCAGGCCUCCAGUCACCAGCCAGGCAGAGAGGGGGAGAGGGAGGGGUGAGACAUGGAGACAAAUGAAAGAGCAAGGGUUCUUAGAGCUAUCAUUACUAUACUAUUAUUCAACUCCAUUUCAAUUUGUAAGACUGAGUGGCAAAAUGUUACAAAACAUAUCCACAUAAAUAAUUCUCAAACUGAAGCAGGAAGAUUUAAAAAAUCUCAGUUAGCUGGACUGAAUAACGUGCACAAACAGGUGGUAUCAGGUACUUGGUGCAUUACAUAUUUGCAAGUGAGGACGUUUAAAGAAUAAUCGUUAAACAAUAAGUGGUAGAUUAUCGAAGUCACCGGUCUAGACAGACACUUACAUGUAAUUGCUGUAAUGCUGUUGUGCUUGCAAGUUGCAAACAAAAUCUGAAAAAUUUACGUUGCUUUCAAGCUGAAAAAAACCCUCGAAUAUGAUGAACUAUCUUUGAAAUCAUGCUGUAAGACAAGACCUUUAACUCAAGUGGCCUCGUCUCAUUUAUCGAUCAGUUCAUCAGGAAAUACAGAGAACAUGGAGUUAAUUUAUACUUUAUACUACCAGGAUUUUACAUGCAGUGAAUUAAACGCAGCAGUUGAGACUACUUUAGUGAUCAAAUGAAACAGUACUGUUGGUGGUAAAACAAAAAUAGCAACAGAAUUAUUGCAAUAAUGACAUACUAUCAUUUUUUAAUUUAAAAAGAGUAGGAUAUAUAAAUGUGCAAUUAAGAGAAUGCAAACCUGUCCAGUUGAACUGGUGAGAAAAUCAACAUGUUCACAAUUGUGUAACAGUUCAUCAGUAAUAUAAGCCAAAGCUGUUCUUUUGUGUUGUUUUGUACAGUUACUACAGUUUCACUCAAAUGCACCGUUUCUUUCAUCGUAGUUUUAUAUUUUAUUGUGCUUCAUCACAAACGGUGUAAGGUCAUGUAAACCUGAAUCAAUAUCUAAAGCCAUGAACAUUUGCUGUUCUGUUUGUACAAAUGAAAAUUUGAGCCAAACAUUUUCCUCUGUUGUGUAAAUAAGGACUUUAAUAUAUAUCACCAGGGUGAUAGUACAUACUGAAUGUACUGUAUAAUCACCGUUUUCAAGAAAAGUAUAUUUUUGUGGAUUACAGCCAAGUUUACAAGAGUAGACCCUUAAAAAGUAGAUCAUUCACUGGUCAAUAUUUGCUUUUUUCUUUUGUUAAUUUACUGUAAUCUCUUCAAAAUUGAAUAUACAACAUAACCUCCCAUGUGUGUUACUUCCAGAUGGUUGACUUGUUUUUUUUCCCCUGUCUUUAUUAGUGGUGAUUGUUUGUCCUGAAGACAUUGUAUUAACAAUGCUGUGAGGUUGAAGUUCCACUUGUUUUCAUAUAUUUGUGAAGGAUGAUCACAAGGCUAAGGGAAAUCGGGAAUAGGGUUUCUUCCCUCCUAUUGUGGUAGCUCUUCUUAGUUGUAUACCAGCAGCUGCUGAAUACACUGCCAACAUUCAAACCCAAGGUCCCAGCCCCACACUGAAGAAUAAUCUAUUGUUAUUGCAUGUAGCUCAUCUGAAAGACAUGCCAUCUCUCGAGCCCGUUUUCCCUAUCCUGUUAUUGGUUCAUAGAAUUUAAGCAGAGGACAUAUAUGUGUUAGAAUAGGCUGCCGACCUUCACUCAAAACAACAUGCCUGUGCCCGUAUGUGGUUGUAAAUAUUGCAGUCUACUUGAAAUGUGAGUCAUAAUUAUGUACAAAAAAAAAACUCAUGUAUUUCCUGAAUUGACCGUGGAAAUUGUAUCUUACAUCAAUGCCCUAUUACUAAAAAAGAGUACUAUUGGAUUGGGAACCUUAGAGCUAAGAGAAGUGAUAAUCCAAAGGAGUUUAAUUCAUGUACGAUGGAAAGUGUCUUGCAAAGACAGAAGGGGAGGGGGGGAAGGCAGUUGUGACUUGUUUUCUUCUCCAUCCUCAAAGAAGCUAAUAAUUCAGCAGCUGAUUCAUCAUUAUAACAUCGACAACAAUGCAAUGUCAUUGACUUCAAUCUCACUGCUGGAUUGCACACAUUUGUAUGAGAAGUUUGCUGUACGAGAAAGGUAUUACUCUGCAUUCACUGUGACAUAUCCAGUGUGCUUUACUGAGGUUUCUGUUCUCUGCGACCCCAUCAUCAGCACCAUGCUAGUUCUCAGUAUGCUCCCCUAUUGAUCUAUGCAGCUUUAGCCCCCCCAGUUCACACUGACAUUAAACAGACUAUGAUGUCCCGACAUCAGGUCAUUUUUUGAGUCCACAGAGCAUCAGGAAGAAGAGCAUCUGAGGGUUGACUGUUAGCAUUAAGUGCCACAGCUGGACACUGCUGGACUAAACAAGUUCCAUAUGAUACCUUUCAUUACAUGAUUGAUUUGAAUAAACCCCCAGAAAUAUUUUCUUUUUCAUAUACAUUACUACAAAAUACUUGACAUUACAGUAAUCCAUAAUACAAUCAGGUUUAAUAUAGCUGGUUGAAAUAGCAAUAAUGAAAGGCUACAACAAAAAAUGUCUGCCUUUUUUCGGGCAGCACCACCUCCUAGUUGAGCACACACUUUAGCACUUAAUAACAUAUCAGGGAAUUUUCUAGUUUCUCUAUUUACCGAAUAUGCACAGAUAGGAAAUGCCUUAUCCCAAAGAAAAAAAACGACAGAUUUUUUUCAUUUUAUUGUCUUUCAUUUAAAAAAAAACAAAAAAAACCCACAAAUGUAUGUGAACUCGACCAGACCUGCCUCCCCCUCAGAAAAGACUCGCACUCUUAACAUGCACAGUGAAUGCACUGUGAUACACUUUGCUCUUUUGGGUCUUUGUCCAAAUUGUGCACAAUUGAUGAAUGUGAAAGGAGACGGUAAUCAAUGAACCUUUGGAGGACUUUUCUUCACUUUGCUGUGUAACAGUACACUGCUUUGCUUCAUGGCUUUUAUAAACAGAACUAUGUGUUUGGUAAGUGUUUGUAGCUGAUAGUUCACUUAACUGAAGAAGCUGUUUUCGGUUUGAAUGCUCAGACCGUUUGGCGGCACAAGCUGGACUUUGUUGCCAAUAAUGAAAUUAUUUGUUUCCAAAUCGAAAGAUUUUAAGUUGACCUACAUUUUAUUUCCCUUGAAUGUGUUAUUUUAUUUUCAUCAUACAAUAAAUAUUCAAGUGAACUUUUUAUUAAACAAUUAACAUACUAUGCUAGAUAUUGUUGUACAAAUUUGUAUUCUUCACAAACGUACAAAUAUUGGCUUUUAAUGUGUAAUUUAGGUUAUCUCUCUUAUUCUGUAUAAAAUGAAGUAAACAACUCUUACAUAGAAUUUGUUCUCCUGUGAAGUCCCAAACAGUAGAAACUGUCAACUUUAUUAAACACCUCAGUGUAUGCUCA